AAAGAAAGAGAGAUGAAGGAAGCACUGAAUCAAGAAAGAGAGAUGAAGGAAGCACUGAAGAGAGAAAAAGAAAUUAAUGAAGCACUGAAUCAAGAAAGAGAGAUGAAGGAAGCACUAAAGAAAGAAAAAGAAAUUAAUGAAGCACUGAAUCAAGAAACACAGAAGAAAGAAGCAGACAACUCAACACAGAUCAACACCACUCCUGCUCUCUCUGUCAUCAGCAUUUCAUUCAAGGGCUCCGAGACCCAAGAGACGCCAACUGAGGGUACGUCAGGAGAGGACUCGCCCCAGGACAGCUCAGAGUGUGUUGUGCUCCAGCAGAAGAUCAGGGAACUACAACAUGACAGGUUGGGUCUGGAGUCACAGGUCUCAACUCUACAAGCUGCCCUGGACAAGGAACGAGAAAAACUCGACAAAAACCACCAAGAAUACACACAAAUCAUCAGUGAACAAGAGAAAGAAAUACACAACCUGAAGAUAAAUAUGCUGUUCAAGGCGGUGUGGAAGUGUGACAGUGACACAGUGAGGAAACUGAGAAAGGGGGAUUUCAACUUCAACUCUGCCGUAAAUCUUGACGGAGAGAGGGUGGUGGACGAGGCUGUGAGGCAGAGUAAUGUGGCGGUGUUGAGAGAACUUCUCCUGGGUGGUGUUCACAUCAACGCUCCAAACUCCCGAGGAGACACUCCCCUGCAUACAGCCAUCAGACGUGGUCGGUACUGUAAGGUGAUCUCUGAGCUUCACAACAGUGGUGCGGACUGGAGGGCUCCAGAUGCACGAGGGUGGGAUCCAUUACAGUUGGCCACAGCGUUGGGGCAGAUAAAGACACUGGAGAUAUCAAUAAGGGACGAAUCAAUAAAUCUCACGUCGGUGAUUGAUCGUCUCGGCUCCACCCUACUGCACUAUGCUGCCGCUAACAAGCAGAAAGAGAUGGCCAAGUGGCUGGUCAAGGAGCAAGGCUUACAGAAGGACAUUGAGGAUGAGAUGGGCUACCAGGCCAAGGACUAUGCUGCCAUGGUUGGAGAAUCUGGUCUAGCACAGUGGCUCUCCAGUGAUAAGCUACGCCACAUUCCUGUUGUAAAACGUUUAAGUGUACACAGUCGACAGAAGCAGGACCAAUUGGCCCUGGAUCAACUACGUGUGCAUGAUGAAAUGGACCUCCAGGGUAUUGGCACACUGACCAGAAAUACGGGUAUGCUGAAUAUAAGCACAGAUGCAUUAAAUGUAAGUACUGGUAUGCAGACUAGAGACACCAGUACACCUAAUAGACUGUCCAGUGGAAGUAUCGGUACACCAACAGCAAGCCUGGAUAUGCUCGCUGCACCUCGGGGGAAGAAUAAAACUCAUGCCCGGGGUCGGAAGAAAGGACAAGCACCGUCACUCAGCUCCUCAACAACUGAAGUUUCUUAUCUCAGUAACAGACAGGACUCAUUGAACGGCCCGAUAACUGUGGCACAGACUCAUCAUAGGAAGAAUGAAGGACAAGGAAGGUGGCAGAAUAACAGUGAGGACACAGAUUCACUAACUAAUUUCACUGAGUUCUUGGGAGCUGAGGAGCAAACGAUACUCUUCAAGGGCAGAGAAAUGUCUCCAGACAUUGAGGACCUCCGGAUAUCAGGGUUGCCAAAUCUGGGCAAUACUUGCUACAUCAACAGUGUCCUACAGUGCCUCUACCACACACACUUGCUUACCCAGCACUUUAUCACUGGCAAAUACAGUAAGGAGAUUGACGAGACCGCUGCUCAUGAUGGUCGGGUGGCAAAGGCUUAUGAGCGGGUCAUCAGAGCCAUGUGGACGGGCGACAAUAUCAAAGAUCAUCUCCAGAACCUAAAGGAGCUGGCUGGUAGGCUGGACGACCUCUUCUUGGAUGACCAACAAAAGGAGGCACAUGACUUCCUCACCCAAGUGCUAGAGUGGCUCCACCUGGACCUGGGCCAAGAGGUGGUGACCAGCAAUAAGGAGGAGGAGGAGGAGAUGUUGAGGAACAACAGAGGUAGACCAAUGCUUCGGUCCUUCAUCUCGGAGUUGUUCUACGGCUGCCAACACAACUCCAUCGUGUGUGGCAGGAACGGUCAGGUCAUCUGUCACUCGGAGGAGAGCUUCUCUAACCUCACUCUCUAUGUCAACACCAAGAAACAAUACAGUCUCAAUGAGCUGCUGAAGCAGUACUACCGGCAGCAGGAUAUAGUGUGGGAGUGUGACUACUGCGGGGAGGAACACAUGUGUCUCCAACACUCUGUUAUCACCAGCCCUCCACGCCUGCUGCUGCUAUACAUUAACAGGGUGAACGAGGACACCAAGUCAAGUCACAAGACCCUGGUGACCUACCCUGAGUGUGACCUUUCCCUCCACCCUUACACCAAAGACAACCACAGUCCAUCUUACAACCUGUAUGCCGUGUGUGGUCACCAAGGCUCCAUGACCUCUGGCCACUACACAGCCUUCUGCAAGAUUAAAUCAUCCACCAGUAAGGGUUGGUACUACUUCAGUGAUGCCCAGUUCAGUAGAGCCAACACCCAGGAUGUUUUCUUCAACCCAGAUGCUCACAUGCUCUUUUAUGAGGCUAAAUGAUACUAGAUUGUAAUAUUGAAGACUAAAGACCUUUGCUGUACAGUAUACGAGUACAGUGUAAAUGAACAAGAGCCAACAGUGCACGUUCAUGAACACCACCACCAGGCUGCCUUAUACCAUCAUCAUUUACGUAUAAUAUUAUUCAUCUAUUCAUUAGUGUCCAAAUUCUAUUGCUAUUAAAUUAUUAUUCCCUUUUCAUUAAAAUUAAUAGUGCCUCAUUUAUUGUCAUGUCAUUAUGAUGUACAGUAAAUAUAUCAUUCAUUACCUCCUGAAUUAAUAUUAUUUAACUUUUUCUUAUUAAAAUUAUCCAUUGUUUAUUGUUAUAACUUACCAUGUUGUUUAUCUAUUCAUGUAUUCAUUCAUUCAAACAACAACUAUUAUUUCUUUGUUGUUUACCUAUUGUUACUGAUUUUAGUCUAACAGUAGUUUGUUUGGAUUUACUGUUUAGUAUUAGUGAUGGGGUACUGUACUAAGCCAGCCAAGUGCACCCAUACAAGAGUACUGUACAGGAUCAUCUUUUUGCCCUUGGUACAUAUACAGUACAGUUUAGGGUCUACUGUGUACUGUAUAUAUCUGUCUGUAGGUCUCUGAGUGUGUGUCUGUCUGUCCAAUUUUUAUCUGUAGGAUAAUACAAAAUUCAUUUAUAGUAGAACAAAAAAGUACAUGUACUGUAUUUUAGUACUGUAAGUAUCUUUGUAUUUCUGGUUAGAUUUUCAAGUUGUAUACAGUAAUUAAUGAUAUCACCUGAAGAUAAUCCAACCUAAUGUAACCAAACACUAACCUAACCAAUGCUAACUUAACCUAACACUAAUCUAAUACUUAUCUAAGCCAAUGUAACCCAAUACUUACCUAACCCUCCCCCAGGUAUAUGAAGGAAGUUAAUCUUUAGGUGAGAUAAGCUUGGGUAAGUGAUCUUGAGGUGAUCUAAUGGUGUUUAUAUGAGUGAGGUUCAUGUACAGUAUUAGGUAGUCCUGAGUCUUAUGUAGUUGUUUAAUGUUUUUAGUGAUGAUGUGACAACAGAGGGGGACACUUGUACUGUACUGUAGUUAACAGAUUUAUGAUUCCUUGUAAUAGUAUAGCAAAUGUAAUGUACUAUGUCACUGUAACAUGUAUAGUGCUGUGUUUAUAGUGUAUGUCUCUUGUAAUAAUGUAGAAAGCCAUUUUGUAAAUAGAUUUUGUUAUGUUUUGCAGUAUUGAAAAUAUUACUGGUAUACUAGCUGCAAAUAGAACAUUAAUUAAUGUUUACAUAUGUUGUAAAAAUACUGUACGUAUGUUGAAAGUGAGAUAAAGAUUUUUCUUUUCUUUUAGAGAAGUUUUCAUUACUUGUGAUAAUAUUAAGAAAGACUUAUGUUGUACAUACAGUACUUUAAAGUAAAAUGAAGUAAAUAACAC